AUGGAACUGGUUUUGCUUGGAUGUUACGGAGAUGUUUGCGAGGUGCCGGUGCUGAGGAGGAAAGGAGGACUCGACCUGCUGUUGCUCUGCUGUCUGUUGGCCGUUCCCAACUCUGCGCACGCCUCAGAGGCUCCUUCAUCCUCCUCCUCCUCAAUUAGUCCUGGAGGUUUCGUAGACUUCACAUUCACUAAGGAGCCUCAAGACACGGUGACAGUGCGAGGUGGCGUGCUACAGCUCGACUGCCAGGCACGCUCAGAAAUGGCGUCCGGAACACCCACCGUCACAUGGCGGAAGGACGGUGUGCUACUCAGCGCUCUGGUGGAUGAACGGCGGCAGGAGCUGGCCAACGGAUCGCUGCUGGUUCAGAAUAUAAUGCACUCGCGACACCACCGCCCUGACGAAGGGGAAUACCAGUGCCUCUCCACACUUGAAGGACUAGGAAGUAUUGUAAGCCGGACUGCAAGAGUCACCGUGGCAGGUCCGCUAAGGGUAGUUGUCCCCACAGAGUCGGUCUCGUCGUACCUCGGCGACACAGCGCUGCUGCGUUGCGAGGUCUCGGGAGAACCGGCGCCUAUCAUCCGCUGGCAGAAAAACCGAGACGAUCUGCCGAUGACAUUUGACCCCUCUUCCCGCCUGGCGGUGCUGCCGUCCGGUUCUCUCCAGGUCAGCCGUGUCCAGCCUCCGGACUCAGCCACGUAUCGCUGUCUGGCCGACAACCCUGGCAGCACGAGGACGGGAACAGAUGCUGAGCUGCGGGUGCUCCCGGAGCCCGGUGUAAACCGAAACCUGCAGUUUCUCCAGCGUCCUUUGAGAGUAACUGCUCUGCUGGGAACCGAUGCCGUGCUCGAAUGUUCCGCCUCCGGAUACCCCACUCCGAGCAUUCGGUGGCGCAGAGGAGAAGAAGUCAUCCAAACCUGGAAUAAGAAGUAUUCUCUCUUGGCUGACAGCAAUCUGAUCAUCAGGAGUGUGACUGAUGACGACUCUGGCAGUUUUACCUGUACUGCUACUAACAAGAACCACAACAUCACUGCAAGUGCAGAACUGAGUGUGCUGGUUCCACCUCAAUUCCUCAACUAUCCAACCAACACUUACGCCUAUGAAUCCACUGACAUUGAGCUGGAGUGUGCCGUGACAGGAAACCCACCGCCGACCAUACGCUGGAUGAAGAACGGAGAGGAGGUUAUCCCCAGUGACUAUUUCCAAAUAGUGGAUGGCAGUAACCUGCACAUUCUCGGUUUGGUCAAGUCAGACGAAGGAUUUUAUCAGUGCAUUGCAGAGAAUAUCGCCGGCAGCUCACAGGCCAUGGCUCAACUGUUGCUCCGAGAGCAAGUGUCCCCCAGCCCAGGCGUUGCCCUCCCCUCUGCCCCCCGCGACCUGGUCCCUGUCCUAGUGUCAAGCCGAUUUGUCCGACUCAGCUGGCGCCCUCCAGAAGAGACUGGAGGAUCUAUACAGACUUACGGCGUUUAUUACUCCAAAGAUGGCAUUGAAAGGGAGCGGUCAGUCAAUGUGUCAGAGCCUGAGUCUUUGGAGCUGAUGGUCUCUAAUCUGAAGCCAGAGGAGAGUUACAGCUUCCGAGUCGUUGCUUACAAUGGUGUCGGACCAGGAGAACGCUCCGGCCCCUUGAGGAUCACCACCAAACAAGACCUCCAGGUACCCGGCAAGAUGGAGUCACUACGUGCUGAAGCUCUGUCACCAACCUCCAUCCAGCUAAACUGGGAGACUCCCAGCGCUCCAAACGGACCAAUCACGGGCUACAGAGUGCUCUGGACAGAGAGCCUCUCAAGCAAGGAACAGAGUGUCGAUGUCAAUGGAUUAAACUACAAGAUGGAGGGACUCAAUAAAUUCACACAGUACACAGUUCGCGUUUUGGCGAUCAACCGCUUUGGACCCGGCACCGCCUUACACAACAUCGUUGUCACCACCCGAUCAGAUGUACCCAGUGCUCCUCCCCAGAACAUCACCUUAGAGGUUGUGCUUUCCAGGAGCAUAAAGGUGUCAUGGCAGCCUCCUCCACGCAGUGCUCAGAACGGCAUCAUCAGUGCUUACAAGAUCAAAUAUAGGAAGACCGGUCGUCGUGGGGACCAGGAGGCCAUUGAGCCAAACAACCUCUGGUAUCUUUUCACAGGUCUUGAGAAGGGCAGUCAGUACAGUUUCCAGGUUGCAGCCAUGACCACGAAUGGAACAGGUCCACCCAGUGAGUGGUAUACCGCUGAGACACCCGAGAAUGAUUUGGAUGAGAGUCAGGUUCCAGACCAGCCCAGCUCUCUCCACGUUAGGCCGCUCCCCAACAGCAUCAUCAUGUCAUGGACGCCUCCCCUCAGCCCCAGCAUCCUGGUUCGCGGUUACAUCAUCGGCUAUGGAGUAGGAAGUCCCUAUGCAGAGACAGUUCGAGUGGACAGCAAGCAGAGAUACUUCUCCAUCGAAAACCUAGAGCCGAGCUCACACUAUGUGAUUUCCCUGAAGGCCUUCAACAACGCUGGAGAAGGAGUUCCUCUGUAUGAGAGUGCUGUGACUCGAUCUCUGACAGACCCCAUUGACCCAUCUGAGGAUGACCUUUUCCAUCUCUUUGAUAAAUACCCCACUCCCAUGUCAGACACCAGCACACCCAUGAUACCCCCUGUUGGGGUCCAAGCUGUGGCUCUCUCCUCGGACUCAGUCCGUGUUUCAUGGGCCGACAAUUCCAUGACCAAGAACCAGAAGUCAUCCGAGGUCCGCUACUACUCGGUCAAGUGGAAGACCAGCUACUCCACCAGCGGCAAGUACAAGUCUGCAGACACCACCGCCCUCAGCCAUACCGUCACUGGCCUCAAACCAAACACUAUGUACGAGUUUGCUGUGAUGGUUACCAAAGGUCGGAAAUCCAGCACUUGGAGUAUGACAGCGCAUGCUACCACCUAUGAAGCAGCUCCUAGCUCUGCUCCCAAAGACUUGACAGUGAUCAGUCGGGAGGGACGGCCCCGAGCCAUUCUAAUCAGCUGGCAACCACCGAUGGAGGCAAAUGGGCGGAUCACAGGUUAUAUCCUGUACUAUACCCUGGACAAAAACAUGCCAAUAGAUGACUGGGUAAUGGAAACGAUCAGCGGCGACCGGCUGACUCAUCAGGUUGUUGAUCUAAACCUUGACACGGUGUACUACUUCCGGAUCCAGGCUAAGAACGCCAAAGGAGUUGGUCCAUUAUCUGAACCUGUCCACUUUAGGACAGCCAAGGUGGAACAUCCAGACAAAAUGGCCAAUGAUCAAGGUCGAGGAGGAGACCACGCCUACUGGCCGUCCGAUAGCAACCUGAUUGACAGCAGCAGCAUAAACGAGUCUCCCAUUGGUCAAAUGCAUCCACCACAUGGCAGUGCUACCCCACAAAAUAAUAGUAACCUUUUGGUCAUUAUCGUGGUUUCCGUGGGAGCCAUCACUGUGGUUGUCGUGGUCAUUGUGGCACUCAUCUGUACACGACGCUCCUCCGCCCAACAGCGCAAGAAAAGAGCAAGCCACAGUGCCAAUAAGAGGAAGGGCAGUCAGAAGGAUCUACGACCUCCUGACCUCUGGAUCCAUCAUGAGGAGAUGGAGAUGAAGAACAUUGAGAAAGUGCCCAGUGUGGCCCCAUCUGGACACGAUUCUCCCAUCCAGUCAUGCCAGGACCUUCCCCAGGUUGUCCACAGCCAGUCCGAGAGCCAAAUGGGCAGCAAGAGUAGCCACUCAGGAGCUGAUGGUGAUGAAGCGUCAAGUUGUAUUUCUACUCUAGAAAGAUCUUUGGCUGCCAGGAGAGGAACACGAGGCAAAAUGAUGAUUCCUAUGGAUUCACAACCAAGCAACACACCGGUGGUCAGUGCCAUUCCAGUGCCAUCUCUUGAUUCCGCUCAGUAUCCCGGUAUACUUCCUUCCCCUUCAUGCAGCUUCACCCACAACAAAUUCAGCCUAAGACCGAUGCCUUUCUCUAGCCUGACUGUGGACAGAGGAUACACGCCAGUCAUAUCCACAGAUGCGUCCACCAAUCCUCUUCUGCAGCAGCAGUCUCCACCAAAACAGCCUCCUCCCCUGCUCCCUGGCUCCUCUGUGCCCACUGGAGAACACGCUCCAGGCAUUGGCCCGGUUCCUGGGGCCCCUGCUGCGUCUACCGCUGUCGCAUCAGAGGAAUCCCAGCCAGGUGCAAGUCGGACCAUACCAACUGCAUGUGUGCGACCAACUCACCCACUGAGAAGCUUCACCAAUCCACUGUUGCCACCCCCAAUGAGCACCAUUGACCCCAAGGUGUACACCUCCAUGCUGCCACAAUCCACUGCAAGUCUCCCAAAGCCUCAGGUGAAGACGGCUUCUCUGGGUCAGGCUGGUAAGGCUCGAUCCCCUCUGCUUCCCGUCUCAGUUCCGACAGCGCCCGACAUACCAGAGGAAGGUGGAACAAAACCCACAGAGGAUUCUGCUGCCAACGUGUAUGAGCAGGACGACCUUUCAGAGCAGAUGGCUAGUUUAGAAGGGCUGAUGAAGCAGCUCAACGCCAUUACUGGCUCUGCUUUCUAA